AUGAAUGAGGAAAAUGAAAUGAACGAAAUGGAUGAUGCAUGUUAUGACGAAAGGAUCAAUGGAUUAGAAAACGAAACGAAGGAACUGGGGACUAGUGAGAAUAUUACAAAAGUGGGUGAAUUGAAUGAAAUGGUUAUAAAUGAAACGGAAGAUGGUGAAGAAGAUGAUUAUGAUGAAGAAGAUGAUGAUGUAGAAGAUGAUGAUGUAGAAGAUGAUGAUGAGGAUGAUGAGGAUGUAGAUGAUGAUGUUGAUGAUGUUGAUGAUGAUGAUGUUGAUGAUGAUGAUGUUGAUGAUGAUGAUGAGGAGGAGGAUGAAGAAGAUGAUGAUAACGAUAAUAAUAAUGAUAAUAAUAAUAAUGAUGAUAAUAAUAAUAAUGAUGAUAAUAAUAAUAAUGAUGAUAAUAAUAAUAAUGAUGAUGAUGAGGAUCCGAAUAAGUUACAAAUUGAUGAAGAUCCAUAUUUAUUAAAAGACGCAAGUUACAUUAAAAAGAACGAACUAUGGAAAAAUAGACAAAGAGUAUUAAUAGUACGAUCUCCCCUAAAAAAAAAGGGUUGUAAAUCAUUUAUUGAUAAUUUAAAAUUGUUAUUACCUCACCAUAAGAUGGAAAAUAAAUGGGAUAAAAAAGUCCCUAAAAGUGAAUUAAAUGAUAUAAGCUAUAGUAGAAAUUGUAACAAUAUAAUAUUUUUUGAUGUAAAAAGAAAACGUUAUUGUUUAUGGAUAUGUAAAAGUAUAACAGGUCCAUCUUUAUAUUUUGAAAUAUUAGAUUAUAUUCCUUUACAUAGUUUAUUAUUUUCAGGUAAUUGUUUAUUAUAUUCAAGACCUCUUUUAAUAUUUAGUAAACACUUCGAUGAAUUAGAUCAUUUAAAAUUAAUUAAAGAAAUGUUUAUUCAUGUUUUUGGAGUACCAAAUUAUCAUCCACUAAGCAAGCCAUUUUAUGACCAUUGUUAUAAUUUUUUUUAUGUAAAUGAUUUAAUAUAUUUUAGACAUUAUCAAAUCUUACCUGUAACAUUAGCUGAUUCAAAUAAUGUUAAUAAGCAGCAGCUGGUUGAAAUAGGCCCCCAGUUUACUUUACAUAUUAUUAAAAUAUUUGAGGAAUGUUUUAAAGGUAGAAUUCUUUAUGAAAAUGAAAAAUAUGAAAAUUAUGUUACACCUCAACAAGUUAAAUUAAAUGACCACUUGAAGAAAAAAAUGAAGAAUAUGAAAAAGAAAAAAAAUAAAUACAAAAAGUUUAAAUUCAUUAAGCCAAAUAUUAAAACGGAUAUAGACUAUUAA